UAUAUUCUCCAACAGAAACAGUGCUGUUUGGUAAAAAAGUUCUCUCUUCAUCUCCACCUGCCACCUGCUUCUUCUCGUUUUCGCAGUUUUUCUCAACUUCCGCUCUCUAGGCUAAAGAACCAUGGCAGCAUGGACGGCGGCGGCUCGUCAAGCCACGAAUCUCACUGGCCUUUCCUUUCCAAGAGUUGCUGCAGUUCCUCAAGCCGCUUCCCUCAUUCAUCGGCGCGGUCUAGCUGGUGGUGGCGAUCAUCAUGGACCUCCCAAGGUCAACUUCUGGCAGGACCCUAUGAACCCAUCUAAAUGGAAAGAAGAGCAUUUUGUGAUCGUCUCUUUAACUGGAUGGGGAUUACUUUUCUUUGGAGGUUACAAGUUCUUCACUAGAGGCAAGAAAGACAAGAAAGAAGAGGUUGGAGAAGCUGGGCACUAGGUUUGGAACGAUGCCCAAAUAUAUCUAGAAGGAAAUCCGGGAUGAGGAUGAUUUUCAUUGGUUGUCAAGACCCUCCAGUUUGUGACAGUUUUAGUUGUACAUGACUCCCAAGUGGAUGAUGAAUAUUGGCUUUUUCUUGUUGCUGUUUUGAUACUUCAAUGUAACCGAUACCUUUUCCUACAUUCUAAAUAAUAAGUAGGACACUUUCUGGUA